AUGAAUUAUACGCAGAAUCCCUUUGCGUCAACGCAUUCUCUCGAUACCAAUCCCUUUGACGAUCCUCCGCAGCAGUCCGCGUCUGCUGCAAAUGCCGCCCGUCUCGAGGAAAUACGCCGUCGCGAGCAGGAUCUCGAACGUCGCGAAGCAGAGCUCAAUAACAAGGCAGAGCACAUUCGCCGUCAUGGCAGAAACAACUUUCCUCCAUUCUUCCCUCUCAUUUAUCAUGCCAUAAACGAAGAAAUUCCAGAGGCGUCAAGACCACUUAUAACCCGUCUAUAUCAGCUGUGGCUCGUCCUUUUUGGAACCCUCAUCAUAAAUUUUGUUGCUUGCAUUUUCAUCCUUAUUGGGGGUGCUUCAGGUGGUGGAAGCGACGUUGGUGCCAGUCUAGGCUAUUGCAUAUUCAUCAUCCCACUCUCUUUCCUCCUCUGGUAUCGUCCCAUAUACAACGGUUACAUGAAGGUGAAACCAUCUUUCUAUCUAUUCCAUCUCAACUUCUACUUCUUCUUUGGCGGAUUCCACCUUCUCUUCAGUCUCUAUAUGAUCAUUGGUAUUCCAGGCACCGGAUCCGCUGGGCUGAUUCAGACCAUCCGGAUGUUCUCAAAUCACUCAUGGGCCGCAGCUGUCCUCGGCCUCGUAGCUACCGUAGGCUGGACGAUCCAAGGAGCAGGCAAUGCAUGGUACUAUCGUGAGCCGCGGGACACACUAUGGAAAAGAGAAACUAAACUGCACGAUGUCAUUAGGCUAAGACUGAACUGGCAAGCCACGGCGCCAAGGCGUACUUCACGAGAGGCUAAAAAGGAGAGGGCGAUGGUACUUGUACGGGGACUCUACAAACAGCAGACGACACAAUGGCUCAUUGAACAGCAGGCCCGAGCACAAAGCGGCGACAAUAAGUAG